UUGCAGACAUGCGCACGGGGGACUUUCUUUGAUGGCAAGAAGUGUCGCCAUGCCGAGGAGGUGGACUGUAAAGACGAUCCUUGUAAGAGGCACCCCCCUGGCUACGCCUACUCCGACGGCGCCUACUGCUACGGCUACUACAUCUGUGAGAGGCGACGUUCCGUCUACCGUCGUUGUCGUCAAGGCUUCGCCUUCCGCGGUAAACGAUGCAUACGGUCUCCCAGCUGUAAACAAUAUUCGUGGAAACACAAGGGCUUGGGUUGUCCACCCCACGUCAACCCGUACCCCGGGAACCCCACGAAGUUCUACUUGGCUGGUGCGGGCGGGGUAAUAUACAAGAUGCCCUGCCCAGAUGGCCUGCUGUUCAACCCCCGCAAGUGCGCAUGUGACUGGGGCUUCCACCCUCCAAAACAAAGGUGUUCAGCAUUGUUCAACUUCAUGUUCAAUGGAAACACCCUGGACGAGUUCAACAAGGCCUCAUUGACAACCUGUGGUCCCGUGGCUCCGUCUUAUGACAAGGUUCGGUUCGAUAAAGGAGGCUAUGCCGUCAUCUGGAUGAUGGACGGUCUUGAUCUUGACUCGAUGUUUGCCUUGACCUUCUUCUUUCACUAUCUUGGUAAAGACAAAGGAGAAGUAGCUCUCAUGGCCAACGAUUUUAAGGACGAUUUGUACUUCACCUUGAAAAUGACCCUUGACACAGUCCGAGGAGAGGUUAUUGCACGAAUGGAGGGUAAAGAUGGAAGGAAGAUGGUCCUUGUUGUGAAGGGCGUGGCACCGCAUCUGAAGCAUCGUGUGUGGCUGUCUAAAUACAAGAGUGCCAUACUAUUGAAGGUGGACAACCUGCCGCCCACCAAGGUUGUACACGGUGCUGGCAUAAAGAUCAAGAAUUCACCGUUGGUCGUCGGCAUGUCGCAUGGUACCAAGGGCUUUGUGGGCUUCAUGGACAACAUCAGACUGACCAGGUGCCCGGAAGAGGUGGCCCGACCUUCCCAUGUUUUGAAGAGAUAUGGGGGUUAACCUGUGACGUAGGAGACGUUCCACGACUCUCACAGCAUAGAAACUCAAGUUGUGGUGACGUGAAAAGUAUUCCUCCACCAUCUUUCACGUAUGCCCCCUUUACGGUUUCAAUAAAUAAACAUAUUUGUCUGGUAA